AUGAGAGGACCUAUUUGCAAAGCAACGGAACACCUUGAGGAAAGCUGGCAAAUCUGGUUGUCCCAAGAAUUCGUCGUCGUGAAGAAAACGAACACGAGCACUGAGUGGAUAUUCAAUGUUGGUGAUGAUGGCGAAGCCUUCGAGCUUGUCGAAAUCAAUGGAUAUUCGAUUGAGAUUAGGAAGCAGGAUGGGAAUGCUUCGUUGCGUGGGGGAAUCGACUAUGACGAGGCCUUCGGAUAUCAAGGUCCUCUAACUUCGGAGUAUGCUGGAGCGAAGAGAGGACAAGUGAACUUGGUUGGAUUCCGUGGCACGAUAUAG